UCACCCAAGAUUUUAUUCAAGAAGUGUCUUCAGGGUUCACAGAUGAGGAAACCAUCGAAGUCAUUGAUGUACUCACUACCAAUAUGACAAUAGAAGUUGAGCUAGCUCAUUUGUUUCUAAAAGUAAGUAUUGAAGGAAAAAAUACUAUACAAGCUAAACAGAAAGAGAUUUCAUGUCAUUACUUAUAUGGAAAAAGAUUUGAAAUGGGAGUUCAAGAACUUAUGAUAGGAGUUGAUAAGAUUAAAAAUAUCAAGAUAUUCAGUGCGGAUUCUAUUUUAAAGUUUAUACAACCUCAAAUUCAAAUAAUUCUGGAUUAUUUUAAUGAGGGUGAAAAAGUGAGACCAAAAGUCCUACUAGAGCAGAAUGGCGUUGUCAAUCAUGUAUCUAAUACAGAUUCUACUAAUAUUAUCAGCAAAGCUGACAUGACCAAGAAGACCUCACCGAUAGCUCAGACAAGUGCACCACCUAUAUUUGAACCAGAAGUUGAU